AUGGAAACAGUGAAUGUGACAGCGGUGACAGAGUUCAUCUUGGUUGGAUUUCCUAAUAUCCAUGAGGUGGAGAUAAUCCUUUUCAUCAUAUUCUUACUCAUCUAUCUAGUGACUGUACUGGGAAACAUCCUCAUCAUUGUACUGAUAUGUAUUGAUCACCGUCUCCAUUCCCCAAUGUAUUAUUUCCUCAGUAACCUGUCCUUCAUAGAGAUCCUCAUGACUUCUUCUCUGGUUCCUAAAAUGUUGGCCAACUUCCUGUCUGAGAAAAAAGCUAUUUCUUUUACUGGCUGCUUUAGCCAGCUCUUUUUUUACUUCUUCAUGGGCACAACAGAAUUCAUCCUCUUUGCCAUCAUGUCUUAUGACCGAUAUGUUGCUAUAUGCAAUCCACUGAGGUAUUCCACAAUCAUGACUGGAAAGAUAUGCAUUCAGCUGGUCAUUGGUUCUUGGGCAGGAGGUCUCUUCAUGAUUUUGUCAUCAUUGAUCCUGAAAGCACAAUUGCCCUACUGUGGUCCCAAUGUGAUCAACCACUACUUUUGUGACAGUGCACCACUGCUGCACCUUGCUUGUGCUGAUGUCCAGCUCAUUGAAUUCAUUGACUUCAUAGUGUCUCUGGUUCUGCUGCUUGGCUCUCUCUCAUUGACUGUGGUCUCCUAUGCCUACAUAAUCUCCACUAUACUUAAGAUUCCAUCUGCACAAGGGAGGCAAAAAGCAUUUGCCACUUGUGCCUCUCACUUCACUGUUGUUUCACUGGGAUUUGGCAUCACCAUGUUUGUCUAUGUCAGACCUUCACAAAGUGAUUCCAUGAAAUUCAACAAAAUUCUUUCAGUUUUAUCCAGCAUUGUGACACCCCUCCUAAAUCCAUUCAUCUUCAGCCUAAGAAAUGAACAAAUGAAGGAGGCCUUAAAAGAUGCUGUGAAAAAGUACCUGUUGAUCACCCAGUGGGCUGGGAUGUCAUGA